GUCUCAGUAUCCCUGCUCUCCCCCAUCCCUCACUCUCAGUCUCACUCUCCCCUGGCAGUCUCAGUAUCCCUGCUCUCCCCCCUCCCUCACUCUCAGUCUCACUCUCCCCUGGCAGUCUCAGUAUCCCUGCUCUCCCUCCCUCCCUCUCAGUCUCAGUAUCCCAGGCAGUCUCAGUAUCCCUGCUCCCUCCUGCCGCUGGGGGUGCAGUACCGCUGGCGGCCAGCAGGUGGCGAGCUGCAGUCCCGCACAGGAAGCGGAAGCGGUCGCAGUCUCUCAGACAACCUGGAAGCUGCGUGUCCUUCCUGCAGAGCGGGGCCCGGGGAGGCGACACCGGAGACAGGCCCGAGCACGGUGAGCCCCCGCCACACGGAGUGUGUGUCUGAUAUUAACAUACACGGCGUAUACCGAGCGGGACUGGCAGACACUGCACCACACACACUGCACACAGACAGACAGACAUCAGGCAAUACAGACAGACAGACAGACAUCAGGCAAUACAGACAGACAGACAGACAUCAGGCAAUACAGACAGACAGACAGACAGAGACAUCAGGCAAUACAGACAGACAGACAUGGACAUCAGGUAAUACAGACAGACAGACAGAGACAUCAGGCAAUACAGACAGACAGACAGAGACAUCAGGCAAUACAGACAGACAGACAGAGACAUCAGGCAAUACAGACAGACAUUACAUGGACAUCAGGUAAUACAGACAGACAUUACAUGGACAUCAGGUAAUACAGACAGACAGACAUUACAUGGACAUCAGGCAAUACAGACAGACAGACAUUACAUGGACAUCAAGUAAUACAGACAGACAGACAUUACAUGGACAUCAGGUAAUACAGACAGACAGACAUGGACAUCAGGUAAUACAGACAGACAGACAUGGACAUCAGGCAAUACAGACAGACAGACAGACAUGGACAUCAGGUAAUACAGACAGACAUUACAUGGACAUCAGGCAAUACAGACAGACAGACAGACAUGGACAUCAGGCAAUACAGACAGACAGACAUUACAUGGACAUCAAGUAAUACAGACAGACAGACAUUACAUGGACAUCAGGUAAUACAGACAGACAGACAUGGACAUCAGGUAAUACAGACAGACAGACAUGGACAUCAGGCAAUACAGACAGACAGACAGACAUGGACAUCAGGUAAUACAGACAGACAUUACAUGGACAUCAGGCAAUACAGACAGACAGACAGACAUGGACAUCAGGCAAUACAGACAGACAGACAUUACAUGGACAUCAAGUAAUACAGACAGACAGACAUUACAUGGACAUCAGGUAAUACAGACAGACAGACAUGGACAUCAGGCAAUACAGACAGACAGACAUGGACAUCAGGCAAUACAGACAGACAUUACAUGGACAUCAGGUAAUACAGACAGACAUUACAUGGACAUCAAGUAAUACAGACAGACAGACAUUACAUGGACAUCAGGUAAUACAGACAGACAGACAUGGACAUCAGGCAAUACAGACAGACAGACAUGGACAUCAGGCAAUACAGACAGACAUUACAUGGACAUCAGGUAAUACAGACAGACAUUACAUGGACAUCAAGUAAUACAGACAGACAGACAUUACAUGGACAUCAGGUAAUACAGACAGACAGACAUUACAUGGACAUCAGGUAAUACAGACAGACAGACAUUACAUGGACAUCAGGUAAUACAGACAGACAGACAUUACAUGGACAUCAGGUAAUACAGACAGACAGACAUUACAUGGACAUCAGGUAAUACAGACAGACAGACAUUACAUGGACAUCAGGUAAUACAGACAGACAGACAUUACAUGGACAUCAGGUAAUACAGACAGACAGACAUUACAUGGACAUCAGGUAAUACAGACAGACAGACAUUACAUGGACAUCAGGUAAUACAGACAGACAGACAUUACAUGGACAUCAGGUAAUACAGACAGACAGACAUUACAUGGACAUCGGGUAAUACAGACAGACAGAUGUAACUGCUCCUCCCUUGCAGGCCAAACAUAGGGAAGAGCCCUCUCUUCCCAUUCCCAUUUUUUUUCCCCUGCACUUCAAGUCUCCCUCUGUUUCCCCCUCCCAUCGUGGGCUCAUAGUGCGCACAUGCAAACAACCAUUUCAAUUGUGUCUGUCAUUGUUUAUAAAAACGAAGCAAUUUGUUCAUAUCUUCCUAACAAAGCGAUUAGUUCGUCAAUAGAUAAACAGGCAUUUGAUUUAUACAGCUGAAAAGGAUAACAAGUCUGUUUCAGUCAUUGUCAUGGUUACUCUCUGCAGAUUUAAGACCAGGAUAGCUGCUUUGGAUUGUGUGUUAGAGCUUUUCUAAUUCUGCUGUUUUGGCAUAAAAUGUUCAUUAUUGACAAAUUCUGUAAGAGAGUUUGUGUUGAUGUUAUUCACUAAGCAACUAAUUUUUGCUCUCCUAGUGAAGUGUGUGUGGCUAAAAGUUGCAGUUCACCUGCCCAUUAACGGAGCCGAGGGGAGCAGUCCUUAUGUGCGGGCACAACCCCAGCUUUUUUACCAACCAUUCAAAGAUACUGCUAUAAGCGGCAAUGGUCCUUAGUCAGUCCCUCUAUGUGCAGGUUUAAUAUUCUGUCUGAACACUUUUUCAGUGUUGCAUUAUUGGUGAUAUUUCUGUAGUUGAUCUCUAUAAAUUGUUUAUUUUAUAAAAUUGUAUUGUAUCUUCUUUGCUGCGGUUUUGACUGGAAAUACAGAUGUUGAUGUGGAAAGAGAUCCAGUUGGCAUGAUGUGCCUUUUUACCCCGUUUAGGUGGAGAUAUAAUUCUGCAUUGUACGUGUGUGAAAGCUAUGCUUCACCCUGUUUAUGUGUUGGACUCAUUCUGAAAUAGAUAACACAAUUCAUGAUGUUCUUUGGUGAGUGGGCUGCACAUUCUGUCCCCUAUCCCACUAUUAUAUCAAUUAUUUACCAAGGAAGCAUUUGCUCGUCAAAAUGAAAGGGCCCUAUCACACGUGUUGUACCUCCGUGUUGUGACUUUAAGUUGCAUUCCAGCUAUACAGUAUAUCUACUGGUUUAAUUUACUUUUUUUUUGUAACAUUGAUGUGUGGGGUGGAAGUUUUGUUUCUCCUCUGUAAUCAUAUGUCUGUUAAAGGAACAAUCUAUAAAAAAAAAAGUUUAUUUGAUAUAACCUGCAUCGGAUUUGUUCAUCAUGUUUUCUUUGGUGGUAAAAACCUAACUAGCAAUAGCUGCAGAUUUAGUUUCUGUAGUUACUGCAAGCUUUCACCUUCUUCCCUGGCAGAGAUGCUGUCAGCUGUGCUGGAGAACGACCAAUCAGAGGCUUCUCUGGUUGGCCUUGUGGAUUAACUGCACAUGCAGUGAGAGGGUCUGCUGCUGAUUGGCUGGAAUGUGUCUGCUGACUGUGAGGUACAGGGUCAAAGUUUACUCAAUGAUGAGUCCGCGUCGAACUGUUCGGCGGACCGUUCGGGACAUCACUAGCUGUGAUUUCUGGGGAAGCUUAUCGUUUAUAUGCAGUCUCUCCUAGAUUGGAGUGCUUCGUAAAUAUAAAAUCUGCAGCAGGCAGGCGAGUAGCAGAGGCCCCAGACUGUUACAGCUUCCCCUCUCACUCCCCCCCACCGCCCCGUCUUGGGAUUUGCCAGUGACAUAUUUGUAUUUCACAGUAUUCUUUCAUUACAUGGGUGAUUGAGUAUUGAUUGACACUGUAAGUACAUGGUGCUGUGUGUUUCUGUAACGCACAUUUAUUCUCCAGUGACCAAAUAUACCCUGAGAACUUUCUCUCCUGAAAAAUGAAACAAGGAUAUACUGACAGCAGAGCACUAAGAUAAUCAUGUAAGAAUCCUGCCUGAAAGGGACACACUCAGUGCUGUGGGACUCUAGUAAUGUAACAUUAUAUUAUAUAUAAUUAUAUACCCUUAUUGUAGGCACUACAGAUCUCCUGCUCAGUAUUGUUUGGUACUGUAAAUAGAGCUAUCUCUGGAGGUGUGGAAUUUCUAUACUUUUUAAACCUGUCAAAAGGGAUGGACUUCAUUUAAGCAGAAUGAUUAGUAAUCAGUUUAAGAUUCCAAUUGCACUAAUUAAAUAAAUUCUGUAAUAACCUUACUUAAAUAGACUUUUCAAACUCUGUAACUACUACAGGCUGUUGUUGUAGCCUUUUGCACAGAGGUUAUAGGUGCAGCUCUGUAGUAUAGAUCAGUGUUUUUCAACCACUGUUCCGCGGCACACUAGUGUGCCGCGAGAUGUUGCCUGGUGUGCCGUGGGAUGUCUGAUGUUCUGAUGUCCGGGCUGUGAUCAGGGCCGGACUGGCCCACCGGGAUACCGGGAAAUUUCCCGGUGGGGCGCGGCACCUGGGGGCUGCGAGGGCACAUAUGUGCCACCGGGUGGCUGGUCCGGUGGCACACUGAGAGGGGGCCGGCCGCGUUCCAGACUGGAGCCGCCGGGCCGGGUGGCAGCUUCGCCGGUCCGGCGGCACUCCAGUCACUGGCUGCUGAUGGAGGAGGAGCCUGUCUACCAAGCUCCCUCGCGGUUCCACCGCGAGGGAGCAUGGUAGACAGGCUGCUCCACCAUCAUGCAUCAGCAGCCAGUGACUGGAGUGCCGCCGGACCGGCGAAGCUGCCACCCGGCCCGGCGGCUCCAGUCUGGAAUGCGGCCGGCCCCCUCUCAGUGUGCCACCGGAGAGAUAGGGAAGGGGGAGACACAGGGAAAGGGGGGGAAGGGAGGGACACAGGGAAAGGGGGGAGGGAGAGACAUAGGGAAGGGGGGGGGGGGAGAGACACAUUUUCUAAUGGUGGUGUGCCGCGUCAUUUUAUUCAUGAAACAAGUGUGCCUUUGCCCAAAAAAAGGUUGAAAAACACUGGUAUAGAUACACAGUAAUCUAGCUUUAAAAAACACCCCAUAUUGUUCAACCAGUAAAACACAUCUUUGUAUGUAAGCUGUUGAUCCAAAAGAAGGCAAGAAACGUAAUAUGAACUGAAGGCCAACUGAGUCACAAAAGAGGGAAAAUUUCCUUUUGACUCCAUAAUAGCAAUGAGAUUUCUCCUUGGAUCAACAACCUGUUGAUAUAUUAAUUCUGUUCUUGAAUAUUCUGUUUUUAAAAAACUCAACCAGGCCUUUUUCAAAAUAUCUAUAGAACCUGAGAAGAAAAUCUCUUUACCUCAAGGAACACUAGAAAUAUCUGCAUUCUUAAUGCUACAGCCCUAAUGUCGCUUAUUGAUUAGUCCCAGAAUUAAUCUAAUAACUCACCUUUUCUCUCUUGGAUGACUGGCCAAUACAAUGCUCGUCAUAGAGGAGCAUUGUGGCAGAUCGUAAAGGCACUGCACAUGUGCGUGUGACAUUACGGUUGGGAAGUAAGAUUCCCAACUCUCAUGUCUAGAGGGCUUGGAGGCAUGCCCUGAAGCCGCACUUUCAAAAACUUCUAACUAGUUCUAUAUAGGGUUUUGGAGGUAGGACUGCAGGCACUAUAACAUCUUCAUUAAGAUGAAGUUGUUAAAGUAGGUAAAGUGUCCCUUUAUGACAAAGGAAGGCAUACUUUGCCUUAGUAUUUUCCUAUGCUUAACAAGUAUGAUGAAAAGGCAGAGAUACCUUUUGUCAAUCAAGUCUUGUAAGACCCCCAGCCAUCACUAGUCAUGGCUGAGGAAACAAAUACAGCAGGUUACCCCACAGACCUUAGUGUUGUACCCUCACGCAUGCGCGAAGGUACAACAUUGGUGUUGUCUCCUGGCAACUGAAGCACAUGGAGCUAAAGAGGACCGUCAGGAAGAGCAUGGAGGCGGAAAUGAGGGACAGGUUCAAGUAAGGAUAACUCACCUUCCCCUGCACCCCUCGACCACUGCACAGCCAGCGGAACAGUCUUAAAGUCAGAAUCGUAAUACCGUACAUUUUAAAUUCCUGACAUUUUUUACUUUAGUAAGUAACCCUGAGUGGCUCUGACCUGACACUUGCAGCUACAAAACUUUUUCUGGUUCAGUUUUUUUUUUUAAAAAUUUUUUUAUAGUGUAAUUGUAUUCUUAAUGUGAGAUCUGUCAAACAGCCAGACAUACACAGAUGCCUAGUUUCCACUGAGCGGAUCGGUUCGCUAUUUUGAGUGUUUCCAUUAUGAAAGUGGCCCAUACAACCGAACCGUACCACACCAUUCAGGGUCCUGCUUCAGAUGUAAGGCCAUAGGAAAUGGUACGGUUCAGUUAGGGCAGAGCUACUAUACAAUCCAUUGAAUGGUGGACAUGAAGAGCAUUUUUUCUAAAUCCCGCAUGGCCCCUGAAGGUCUGGCUAGCAGUGGAAACGCUCACCAGAAUAGGCUGGACCAUUCUAAACCUUCCAAACUGAACUGACCUGAACCGAUCCGCUCAGGGAAACGGGGCACUAGAAACACAAAGUGCUGUAGAAUUGAAAGUAUUGUGGUAGAUUCAUUAGGGCUGCUUUUUCCAUAUGGGUUCCUUUUCAUAUACUGGUUAGUAAUAUUAAUUUGCUUAUUAUGUCUGUCUGUAAGAAUCUGAGCUUGUUGGCAAUUGUUUCUCUGCCAAAUGGUUAUAUAAGGAUUACGCCAGCCAGGAGAUUUGUACCUGUUGUUUAUACAAUGUAGUUCUCAUACACAUCUGGGACUUGAUUCUAUAUAUUCAUUCUUGUUCUGUGAUUGUGCUUUAAAGGGGAACUGACACUUCUCUGUCAAAUACACCAUUAAAUAAAACAUUGAUAUCAACCACCUGCCUAAUAUCAUGUAUGUCCCCAUUUGUGCUGCCAAACAGCUCUGCACUUGGCCAUCCACCAGAACUAAAAGAAAACAUGGUUCAUCAGACCAGGCAACCUUCUGUCAUUGCUCCAUGAUCCAGUUCUGAUGCUCACAUCCACAUCGAAUGUGCUUUCUCCAUGUGGACAGAGAGCAUCAUGGGCACUCUGACCACUCUGUGGGUACACAGCCCCAUAUGCAGCAAACUACAAUGCACUGUGUAAUCUGAUACUUUUCUAUCAAGGCCAGCAUUACGUCCUUGAGCAAUUUGAGCUACAUCAGCUAUUCUUUGUGAUAGGACCAGAGGCGCUAGCCUUCGCUCCCCACUUAUAACAGUGAGCCUUGAGCGCCAAUGAUCCUUAUGCUGGUUCACCAGUUGUCCUUCCUUGCACCACUUUUGGUAGAUACUAACCACUGCAUACCCAAAAGGCUUGCCCUGACCCAGUCAUCUAGCCAUCGCUAUUUGUAUCUUGUUAAAGUCACACAAAUGUUUUUACUUGCCCAUUUUUCCUGCUUCCAACACAUGGAAUUCAAGACUAUUCACUUGACAACCAAAAUAUACCACCCUUUGACAGGUGCCAUUGUAACGAUAUAAUCAAUGUUAUUCACUUCACCUGUCAGUGGUGUUAAUGUUGUGGCUGUUCAGUGUAUAUCUGGUAUUAUAGUCUUUUUUCAUGAGAUGCUCUAUUCAAAUUUAUACUAAAGAUUUAGCAAGUAUCAACAUUUUCCAGUUCAGGAAAGGCAAUGCCAGGAUAAACAUUGCAAAUUAAGAGGGGGCAUUAAAACAUGUUUUCAGUUCUCCUCAGCUCUGUAUUCUUUCUCUAUGCUGACUGCCAGAUGCAAAGACCUGAGCUAAUAAAAGGGAUUUAAAUGGAGAAAAAAUGGAGGAUAAUGAUCAGCUUUGGUUAGCAUUCCUGAGCUAAGCCCUGCAGUGCAGGACCAGCUUAUUGGCUGAGAGUGUCAGCUAAUCACUCUCAGCCAGUGUGUUAAGCAGUGCACCACCGAGCAUAGUUUAGAGCUGAGAGGAGGCAGGGAGUGGCUCCCGGUGGACUGAGGGAAAGAAGUCAAACCAUUACUAAAACGGUAUGCCUACUUACAUUGGGCACUAAGGAACUCCUGGCAGUGUGCUGUAGUGUUUAUGGUGCUUAGUGUGUUCCUUUAACAGCUGUCAGUGUAUCUGGGGUCCGGUGGGCAGUUUAUAAUUCAAAAUGUAUUACAACAGAGGCGUGUGUUUGAUUAAAUAAUAUGUGUGAACUGGCAACUAAUAUAACCGUGUGUUUUGGCCUGAUUACAUUGUCAAUCAAAGUAUAUUUCACUUGUAGCUUGUUUAGUUGUGAUUAUUGACUGCUAAUCAGACUUCUGGUCAAUUUGAGUAAAAAAAAAUGAGACCUGUAAUCUCUCUCUAUUCUGAAACAGAACACUGGAGGUGCUACGGAGAAUUCUGUGCACAUUAUUUAGCAAAUUGUUCCCACGACAUAAGUAUAUUGUGCUCAUGGCUUAAUAGAACAUUAUCGGAUGAAGAAUCUGAGCUACAUAGCAAAUCAGUAUGCAGCAUGUGUGUGUCUUCCAGCAUAGUGCAAUAUCCGGCCUGCAUCCACAUGUAAUUGGCUGAUUGCUUAUUGUACUUUCCUAGUAUGCGAUCCUGGAUAACGAUGUAUGCUGGAAGAUGCUUUGUUUGUGUGAUAUAAAUCUACCGUUCCCACAAUACAAGUAUAUUGCGUGCACUUUCUAUUAUGUUUGUUGUAGACACAAUAAAGCGUGUGAAUGAUUUAAGGGAUUGUACACAAUUUAAAAGAAAUGAUAUACUCUUAAAACAUGUGUAAUUUGUUUUGUGAUGUUACACCAUUUGUUUUAUGGUGCACUCUGUAUACAGUUCAAUGUAGUGAUUAUACUGCUAACACUAUGCAGGUUUAAUACUGUUUGGGAGGGGUCUUGCUGGCUCCCACAGAACACCCACUUCUCAGCCACAUUGAUAAAGGAGAAUUUCCAGUUGGACUGCAAUGAUAGACUGAGAUUGAUGGACUAAUACAGACACAGAUACCCUUACACACACUGUCUAUUUUCUGCUGAAUUUCCCCAUUCCCAAUGGUUCACUCUGAACACAGUCACAUGCUGGGAAGGUAUUGGGAGGGGUUAAUAAUAACUGCUGCAAUCCUGGAUCUUUGGACCAUUUUUCUUUCUUUUUGAUGUACUGAUAGCGUUCUAGAGGUUCUAAAGUUGUUAAAGAUGCAUGCAAUCAAAAAGCAUUAAAAUAGCAACUUUUAUUUAACUAAUAAAAAGGGGGUACUGCGUAUACCCAGCAUUUGGAUUAAGCUAUUUGAGCAAAUCAAGACAUAAGGUCUUAUUAUUAUGUAUUUGACAAUAAAAUAAAAUUUGCCAUACUCGCUGUAAAAAAUAAUAAUAAUAAAAAAAGAAUAAUUUAGAAAAAGUUUUAAAAACUGUUCAAAAUCUGUGUUUUCUGGGCUUCUGGUUGCGAAGCUGGCUAUAGGAAUCUGUUCCUGUUUUCAUUGACCAUUACAAAAAUCAGCGCCACCAGAGGUUGCAGAGUGCAUUGCUUCAUAAAUCUCUCAGUUUGAAUGAGGCCCGUUUCAUUCAGCGGGACAAGCUCUACAUAAUAAAUGUUGCCUUCACUUCCUCUUGAUAUACACACUGCGUUGGAUUGUUAGAUGAAUGAAUUGGGGCUUUCAUGUGUCUCUCCAUGCGGAAAUAAUAUUGUUCCUAUUUCGCUGGUCGGUAAAAUUCCAUUCUUGUUCUAGCGUUAAAGGGACUUGAUGUAGCGAUCAGGUUGCCAAGAGUUUUUUGGGUGGCUGAUUUUAUAUCAGUUCGUAGCAGUUUGACAAAAAAAUUGAGCUUAAAACACCACCCUGAGACCACCCCCUGCUCCCCUAUCUGAUAAUACGGGAUUGACACUUUAAAUAUCAGUAGUUUAUAGCAUUGCCACCAUCCAGGACUGGGUGAAAUCGGUAGUGACCGUGUAGAAGCAUUGAUCAACUUGUAUGUGCAGGGCUAUCGAUACCUUUUUUUUUUUUUUUUGCCUAAAUUUGUCAUCUUAGUAUGUUCUGUUUGCUUACCGUAAUGCGUUCUGAAAACAUUUGCACUUUCUAAGUAAAAAUAACUUUUGUAAUACAUUCUAAUUGUGAAGCUGCUUUUGCGAACAUUUACCUCCAUGGAAAGUUCUAUGCUCUAGAACACAGUGUUUAAACAGAAAUAACCUCUUCCCUUUAACCAAUGCUCCGUAAUAGUUGAGUAACACAGAAAUUACGUUGCUGUUGUGGUGCUUUGAAUUCACACUGACUUUGCUGUAAAUUAUUUACAAGUAAUUAUCCAAUUAGCUUUGUGUGCAUUUCACUGGGGAAAAAAAGUGCAAAUAAAUCACUGUAAACAAUUUUGCCCAAUGUCAUCAUUAACACUAAAAAGCCAAAUAUUGCGCAUAACAGCAGGUCUGCGUAUAUAGACUAACUUGAAUGUUUUUAGAAGAAAAAAAAAAUCCUAUUCUUUUCAUUCGCUCGGGGUUCAUUUCAAAUUUUUAAACAAUACUUUAUUUUAAAGUGUGAAAAAUUUAGUCAGGGCUGUUAUAAAACCACUAAUGGGAUGCUUUCGUUGUGCCAGGCCAAAUGUUAUGUAAAAUAAAUUGUUAGUUACAUGAUUUCAAAGCUCAAUUUUAUGUCAUGUUGAACUAUCAGUGUCUUUAAGUUCCAUUUGCAAAACAGAAAAACAAAUAGAAAAAUUAAGAUGUCUGUGAAGAAAUGAUUGAUUGAUCUUGCCUAUUUUUUUUAUUACUCUGUGAAGUUGGCUUUCCAGAUCGGACUAGGGGCAGUCACUUGUUAAUUCUCGUCAAUGAAUGGUGUAUUAUCUGGUCCCUGACCAUGUCAUUAAAUGGAAGCAUCACUUCUCUAAUAAUGAGUUUUGUCAUCUAACCCGGUAAACUGCAGCACUUUCAUUUCCAUGGUAACCUUAUCGUCCCAUGAUGCCAGAGCAUCUUCAAAGAAUGCCUUGGCACUUCUUUAGGAGAGGGGUACGGUUGCAAGCACCUUGGAGAUUCAAUUAUUUUACAGUUUAUGCUCAGUGUAAAUUACAAACAAAAUAAGUGACACAGAAUGAAAAGAAAAUAACUCAAACCAUAGCUAUGUUUUACAAUCUCAUGAUUGUGUAAAAAUCUCUAUUUACAGUGGGACCUCAGUUUACAAACGCCUCGGUUAACAUAAUUUUCGGUUUACAAAUGAAAAUCCAUUGAAAAUAAUGCCUCGGUUUACAAAUUUAUUUUGCAAUACAAAGCAAGUUUCCCCAGGAUGCAUUGCACCUGGGAGGUUUAUAGCACUGCCCCCUGCAUGCUGGAGCCUGUGGGUAGCACGUGGCGUUGAGUGUGCAGGUGUUGAAGCAGCUUUUGCAUCAAGUUUUGGAGCCAUUGUGGAAUUUGUUUGCAGUUGUUUUGGGACUUUUUGGUGCAUUUCUCAAGCUGUGGAAAGGUGGGGAGCUGAACUUCGUCGUUUGCAUGCCUUUUAUUGUGUGCUCAGCAUUGUGGGUUGGUUUCCAUGCCAGCUCAUUUUGACUUUUUUCUCACCUCCAAAACCGAUUAAUUGGUUUUCAGUGCAUUCCUAUGGGAAACCGCGUUUUGGUUUACAAAUGUUUCGCAAUAAGAAACGUGCUGAUGCCCACUGUACUCUAGCCGUAAAAUCUCUAUUUAUUCUAGCCGUGAGAGCAAGCAGAUCAUAAUGUAGCUUUCAAUAAAAAUAAGUAGUUUACAUUUCUUUUCCUCCUGUCUCUCCCUGGAACCCAUUACCUGCUUUCUCUAUAUUGCUGGGCGUCUUCCAUUAAUAAAGUUGGAAGCUAGUAUUACCUACAAUGUAAUGUCAAAUUGUGUCACACUCUCGAGAUCACCAACCUCCAUCACAAAGCAAUUUCUUGUCUUCUAGAUACUGCCGUCAUCUGGGAAGAAAGAGUAAACUUGAAGCUGUAGAUUUUAAAAUGUCCUCCUUGGUAUGUGAUUGCCAACAUCUAGAAUCUGUGGGAGAAGUGACCAAAGAAGAGCUUAUUCAGAAAUCGAAUGUACGUAUGUCCAGACGUCCCACCUCUCUAUAACCCUUAAAAAUAAAUUAACUAUUCAAAGAAAAUAAGCACAGUUUAGUUUUGAUAAAAAAAGAAAUAAUCCUGUGUUAAGCCUGUGAAAAUAGCAAACUUCAAAACCCCUGCUUUAAAAACCAAAGUAAAAUUUGCAGAUUGUGUAAGAUUAGUGUAAAGAUUUUUCCCAUAUGAGAGAUCAGAUUUUCAGGAUCCUUAUUUUCAUCGUGCUUUCUCUCUUACACACAGAGGCUGGAAACUGCCUUGUCGGCGAUUAUCGUUUCCUUGUGUUCAUUUAUGCAAACAUGUUGCUGCUCUUGUGGUUUGAAAUACAAUUCAGGCACACAUUAAAGUUUAAUAAAUAUUAGCAUUUAUUUUUUCUUUAAGUACUGAUGGCAGAAUUUGCAACUCUGCAUUUCUGCAGUCUCAAGGCCUGAAGCCUAUUGUGUCUUCGAGCUUUCUGCAAUUUGACUUGUUCGCGGAAUAAACGAUUUUUGAUCUUUAUUUCUUCUUCAUUGUCUAUAUACAGGGAAGCUGUCAGGACUGCAGAGUGAAAGGACCAAAUCUCUGGGCUUGUUUAGAGGUAAGGAUUCCUUAUCUUUCUUUGUAGAUAUGGCUGUCCCUGAUGUGAAAAUUCACCUUCUAUUAUUUCCCUUUACAGAAUGGCUGUUCCUAUGUUGGCUGCGGAGAGUCUCAUGCAGAUCACAGUACCCUUCAUUCUCAGGUUGGUGUAUGCUAUAGUUACGGUGUUAAAUCCUAAAUUCACGCUGUCUCUUCUUGCUGUAAAGAGGGCUGGUGCAGGUAAAACAAACAUGUUUCUUAAAAGAGAAUUUAAAGGUACAGUAACCCCUUAUAACAAAAAACAUUAUGUUAAAGUGAGAGUUGGUUCAUUUCUGUAUUUGACCUCAAAAUUCUGGGUUUAUGCUGUAGCUCAGAUUUCUUCUAACUCUAAACGGACUACUUUUUACUGCUUCUGCACCAGCGAUAAUACAUGUCACAAAGAUGGAGAAAUGUAAAAAAAUAAGCAGUCAUUAAGAAGAGACCAGGUGCCUACUGGGUAAUUAGGUUCUAAUCACAAAAAAGGCUGUUAAAGUUAGCAUGAAUCUCAAACCCUUGCUCUGGUUACACUAAACAAAACUUUUUUAAUGCGUCUAUGAUUCACGUGUAGUGCUUUAAUUUUAGAAGUUAAUGGAACUGACUGUAAUAAUCGCCAGAGUACAACACUGCUUUGUAUUUUUCAGGCGACAGUCUGGCUGUAAAAGGACAACCUAAGCAACAUAAUUACCACAGGCCUGCUAGCACGUUAACCAGUGCAAUGGACCAUAGUGGUUAUGGUGCUUAGCGCACUUUUUAAAUGGAUGCCAGCAGGGCCGCUCUGGGUAUAAUAAGCAGACCUGGAGAGAAUUUUUAUACCAGUCCUAUAAUGUAUUGCAUCAGUAUUGUGUGCAGAUAUACAGAUGGAAUGAUGCAUUUGAAAUUUACAUUUAUAUCUUCAAUUUUAAGGACUGCACCCACAGGACGUUAUUUUAAGUGGAACAAAAGAGACUCAUCAUUUCAGCACCAUUACCACAACAUAUUGUGAAAAGCCUGAUAAUGGGACUUAAAUGCUGACUGUUGGUUGUUGCACUUCCGCUUAAAUUAAAAUAGUUAUUUUUAAAGAGACAUUCCAUACCCUAUAAAGCACUACAGCUCUCUAUAGUCCCCUUAGUGGCUCCAGCAGUCUCACCUCUCCCCUCCAGCACUCCAUCCUACUCUCUUCUCAAGCUUCCUCUCCCCUCUACCUCCAUUCCUCUCCACCCUCACCCCUCUCCCCCCUUAACCUCCCUCUCCUUCCUCCACCUUCAUCAUCCUCUUUCCCCCCUCCAUCUCCAUCCACCUCCAUCAUCCUCUCCCCCCUUCAUCUCCCUCCCUCCUUCCAUCUCCCUCCCUCCUUCCAUCUCCCUCCAUCUCCCUCCUUCCAUCUCCCUCCCUUCCAUCUCCUCCCCUUCUUCCGUCUCCCCCCCUCCUUCCUCUCCCCUUCUUCAGUCUCCCUCCCCUUCUUCCGUCUCCCUCCGCCCUUCUUCCUCCUCUCUUCCUCCCUCCGCCCCUCUUCCGUCUCCCUCCCUCUUCCGUCUCUCUUCCGUCUCCGUCUCCUCCUCCCCUUCUUCCGUCUCCCUCCCUCCCCUUCUUCCGUCUCCCUCCCUCCCCUUCUUCCGUCUCCCUCCCUCCCCUUCUUCCGUCUCCCUCCCUCCCCUUCUUCCGUCUCAUUGAUUGCCCUUUGAAGGAGCUUGUCGGUGUUAAAGUGACACUAUAGGCACCCAGACCAAUUUAGCUCAUUGAAGAGGUCUGUGUACAGUGCCUCAUUCCCCCUUAGUCUUGCAAUGUAAAUCAUUGCAGUUGUAAACAAACUGCACUGAUUACAUUGCAGGACUAAGACUGCCACUAGUGGAUCGUAAUGGACUUUUGAUCUCCUAACUGACACUGGACGUCCUCACGCUCUGCAUGAGGACAUCCAGUCUUAGUAAAAUCCCAAUAGGAAAGCACUGAAGCAAUGUUUUACUAUAGGAAAGGCCUAUGGCGCUCGCGCGAACAUCAGCGCUGGGAUCUGGUAUGUAAAUAAAGUUGUUGUUUUUUUGUUUGUUUGAUUUUUAACCCUUUCUGUGCCGAGAAGGGCUGCAAAGGAGGGGGGGCCCAGAGGGAGCUAUACUAUAAGGAAUAUAACUUUGUAUUCUUUACAUUAUAGAAUCCCUUUAAUAGCCAGGUAAACACCAGCUCAUUCAAAGUACACCUUGCUCUCUGUGUCUGUGUUGGUCCUCCUCCUCCCCUCCCAUAUCUGUGGCUGCAAGAAGCAGCCCAGAUUACACCCGCCCACUGGAAAACCUCCUGAUAUCCCGGGGGGGGCCAGUCUGCUAGAUAUAAAGUUUUUAUCUACCAGCUCCUGAAAUUAAAGGGACACAUACAACAUAAAUAAAAAUCACUGUUUAGUAGAUAUACCCCAAAUGAAAACUUGCAUGCGUUUUAUUUUGUAUUUCUUCAAAAUUAAGAAAAGAGGAUACACUUUUCAUGCAUAAAGCUGUUCAGCAAGAUGAAGUUAUUUAGGGGUCUGGAGUGACGCUUUAAUUGUUCAGAGAUUACUUGCUCAAGAACCUUCCACUAAAGAUCCAUGCAGACACACUAUUAAAUGUAGAUUUAUAUCAUAAGAAACUCUAUAUCUCAUCUGUCUCAUUGUUGCCUGCCAGCCAGCUGUAUUGUUGUGGGCAUAGUGUUAAAGAUCUUAUCAAAGUCACUCAGGGAAACAAACUUUCCAGGUGCUGAGGUGUGGUUAAUGUCUAAUGCUAUUUUCCAGUUGCUGUUGAUCAAUCCAUAGAACAUUUGCUUGACUUUGAAGACACACUUGAGGUCGGAGAUUAUACAGUAAAUUAAAAAUAGGAAAAGUUUCAUCUGUGGCAUAUUUUUGUGAGUGGGUGUCUUAUAAUUAUAAGGGUUUUUGCAAACUGCAAAUAUUGGUGCUUAUAGUGUCGCUUUUAACACGAUCAUUCAUUUAUCGCCUGAUUCAUGGAAAUUAUCUGACAUUAAUGUUAAUUUUAGGACAUGAUCCGUUUGAUGCAGUGUAUUGGUUGUCACUCAAAAUGUGACUAGGGAUUAUUUUUGUCAUAUGUACAUAGAAAGAGAAAUAGCAGGUUUUUCUUUCAUGGUUUAUUGAAACAGGGACAAAAUGUGAAAACCAUGCCCUACUGAGCUAGUGAACUGAGAAUAAAAGGGGUCAAUGGCUGUUAUCAUAGCUAUGAAGAAAUUUGACUUUUAGAAACCAAGUGAGAGAGAAAGGAAUAUGUAGAGUGUUGGUUAUUCCAGAAAGGUAAAGCAGAUAGAAUAUAGAUUCGACUAUAACAAGGUGCUACAGUGGCUGUUGCCUUGCAAUGAAAUACCAAGACAAGGGCUCCAGACAUGUUGAAAUCACCAAAACACAACUGAACAUAUCGCAAUUGAACCAAACACCAAAUUACAUAGGAGUGCUGCUGCCACUUCCAAUCAAAAUCUGUUCUCUCUUAAUGUAAUUUGCUUGGUUUGAUUUAAAAUAUAUAUAUAUAUUUUUUGAGUUAGAUGUUAUAUAAUUAUUUUUGCUUCAUGCCACACCCCCAUAUUUAAAUUAAAAUAAAAUUAAGAAAUGUUAAACUUGACUUUAUUGCUGUUUGUGGACAGUUUUCUCCUCCAGUGAAGUCUUCAUUUCUGAUGACUUGUCCAAUCAGGUGCCUCUCAUAGAGAAGCGUUAAGGACAUGUGCAGCUAUCGCCGUAAUCCAGUGCUUCUCUAUGAGAGAGAAGUAUCGAAUCCAGUGUUUCAGAGGCAGAGCCGCUGGCAUCACCGUACUUCGCUUGCUGAUACCAGAUGUCAAAUACAUUCCAUAACGGAGUCAUUUCCAGUCUGGAAAGCUCCUUAUUACCAAACAUUACAUGGCAUGAACAUACAAUGUGUACUCACAUGCGUGUAAAAAUCAAGAGAAUGGACACCCCUCAUAGGCAACUAGCCUACACCGUACCUUGACCAAACAACUCUGCUUCACCAACAACAUUUUGUGAAUUGAUUUGAUGAGAGACUGACGAAUCCCAUAUAGAACUUGCCACCAACAUAAUAAAAUGUGUCCUGUCUUCUUUCCUGGAAAAAAGCAAACAAAUAUGCUACCACACUCUUAACAUCUGAUUUGUCUUUUGUGAGAGAUUUUUCAUUUAAAAAAAAAAAAGUUAUGCACGAUGCGCCAUAUCUGCUACCAUGGUGGAGCUCUGGGGAGAGAGGUUGAAGAUAUCUUCCUAACUUGAACAUCUUUCUCCUUAUAUCCUCUGUUUAUCUUCACAUCUGCCUUCAGCUCCUCGUGAUUGUCUGCAAAGAGCCUGCUUCACUGCUCUACUCUUGCGAAAUUCAUUUGCAAUCUGCACUUAUUUUCCAUAAAUAUUCUAUCUUCUAUCUAUGAAAAACUCCAAAGUGACAGCUUCCCAAGACUUUCAGAAUUUUGGAGCAAAAACAUUGUUUUUAUAACCAAGAUUAUAGCAACCUUGAAUUUCCCUUCCCUAACUUCCCUAAAGUUUCAUCAGUGUUAAUAUUGUCAACUAACAAUUUUAGUCACAUUUUAAUUGACUAAAAAUUUUUAGAUUUAGUCCACUAAAACUAAAACAAUUCACAUUACUAAAAUACGGAUAAAACUGAAAUGGCAUUUUAGUAAAAAACAAAACUAUGACUAAAACUAACUUGAAAUUUGUCGCUUCCAAGGCCUACUGGCUGCUAUGCAAGUUCUUCUGCCUAUUCCCAUAUUAUCUUUGAAACCUACUGUAUGCCUUGUGCAAAGAAACAGAAUGUCUCCUCCGGUUAAUACUUUGUAUCAAUAUACUCUAUAAUGUAAGUUUUAGCUUGUAUGUCUGCUUGUUGCUUCACUAUCCAUUGGAUCAUUAAUGUUCAGGGGAACAAAAAGUUGGUAUCGAGGUAAAACUGUGGAGUAUUUACGCCAUGGUAUCGAUUAGUUUUAGUCAUAAAUAAACUAAUUUAUUCGUAAAAUCAACAAACGUGUCAAUAUGGUGCUAGGGUUUGCAAGAAAAUCCACUAGGAACCACAAUUGGAAACUCAGUGAGCAAAAUGUCUGCAGCUAAGACAUAUGUGUAUCCCUUUAUUAGUUUCUACUGUCUUCUGUUACUUAAAUAUCCCUCAGUCCAACCUCCGAUACUGCACUUUUCUUUUACCUUUGCUGAAAAGAACGUUUGAUAAAUCUAUUGAGAUAUUUAUACUUUUCCAUCAUGUCUUCUUUCUCUGGUUUUAAUUCCCAGACGUUUAGAUUUCUAACUGGAUUUAGGGAUUAGUUAUAACUGACAAAUUAUAAGCAAAAACGUAUUCUGACUUCCACUGUACAGCUUUAAAACUAUGUUUUACUGUUCAGUUAAAUCUGGUUACAGGCUUUUUGUGUGUAACAAGCACACAUUUUGGCUGGGUUUAGCUUAACACUUUAAUAUGAUUUUCCAGGACUGCAAGCAUUGCCUCACUGUGAAUCUUACCACUCUCCGUGUCUGGUGCUACUCUUGUAGCAAGGAAGUGUUUCUGGAACGCAAGCUCAGUGCCCCUUUGCCCCCCACAAAGCAGCAGGAGAGUAACAUGCAGGUGCGUAGCUCUUUUCUCGAAAUACUAGCCCAGCGCUAUUGACUUAUGUCUUAUCAUGGCUGCAUUUGCCUUCUGUGUCCAACUAGAAUUGAGAUUAUUGAUUGCAAAAGUGUCCUGUCACAAUCCUGGGCAUACUAAUUAAUACAGAAGAAAGAAAAAAACAUUUGCCUUGCAAAUUGAGUCAGAUCACGUUCUGCUGGAUAGGUCAGCAUUUAUGCAAAUAAUUUUAACCUCUUAAAGACCAGUGACAUGCUGGCACUUCCUGAUAUUAACGAAUUUGCCAAACUAGAGCUUAACCCCUUCUGUGCUAGAGGAUUAUUAAUGCUUUUGUAUUUUGGGUGCUACACGCUUAAAGUGCUGUGCUAUUUUAAAAAAUCAGGCAGUAAGUUGUAGAUGGGAUUUAGUUCAUUUUUAAAUGGGAUGCACAUAUAAAAUCAGUAUAUAUUUAUUUUUUGUUUUUAAUGUGAUCUAUGCACCUUUCUCUUUUCAUACAUAGGAUACAAAAAUGACAUCAAGCCUUACGUUAAAACCCCCUGCGGCAGUCUCGUUUGAUAAUCUGGACAUUGCGCUGGAAGAGGAGGAUGAACUUAAGACCAGAGGUGAAUAGCGUUUGGUUCUAACCCCGAUCUGUAGGGGAUGAUAGUAGGAUUGAAUUUACAACAGUUCACCUUUUAAUAAAUAAGCAGCUAUACCUGUGCAAAACCUUUAUAAUAGGCCUAUGUAUAAAAUGUAUGCGUCCAGGGGGUGCUUACAUUGGUACAAGUGUCAGAAACCGAUCUCCCAUCAUGUAUUGUAUGGAUAAUGUGUUAAUAUGUGAAAAAGAAAAAAUAUUUACAGACAAACUCUACCCUGGCCAGUCAGGAGUCUCUCAUUCUCAUUAGUAAAAUCUGAACCACAGGGUUUAGGAUGGAAUAAGUAGCUUAUUCACCAACUGAAUUGUCUGAUAGGCCAUUCCACAGCUGCUAUUAGUUUAACACGGUAUACUGUGUGUGUGGUGAACUACUGACCAUGGACUGAUUUUACCCCACAAAGGAGGAAAUAUAAAUUCUUCCUCUGACGUCUGAGUGCUCGAGAGAGCUAGCAUUUUUACUGAUUGCUGCAGGAAUUAGCCACGCGUCGCAAUGAUACAAAGACUGCAGUUUGGUACUAACAUUUUUAUUAAUUGGAAAUCUCCCAUAUAAAGGUAUCUCCUAUAUAGAGAGAAUGGAGUGAUGCUUACAAGAUUAUAUUUUGCAGAAACCCUUAAAUUUAAUAUGCUGCCUUUUUUAUAUACUGGAAGAAGGAAUUAUUGAUUACGUCAUGGGUCCAGAGAGCUUGAAUAAUUAAAAAAAACACUUCAAAUGCUAAGAUUUAUAAUAAUCAUCUAAAAAAUAUGUAAUUGUUUUAGUAUUUAAGCAAAUUAUUCCUCUCUCAUCACUGUAACAGCCACCCUCAUAUCAUAUUCUUAUUAUUCUCUCCUACCCAUUUGGCCCUCUCCGCAGUCACUCCAACUCACUGGCUUCAUUGGUAGCCAUAUAAAACGGUUUGUAGGAGGGUUCUCCCGCUACUCUGUCAGUCGCUCCUUGACAUGCAUGCUAUCAUGCAAUACAGAUGGCAUAACUCUUUAUGUUCGAAAUUUAAAUGACUGCUGAGAGACCAUUCUUUUGUUUUAAGAACAUUUUUACAUUUAACACAAUGUAAAGAUGAAACUUUAAAGGGACACUGUAGGCACUUAGACCACUUCAGCUCAUUGAAGUGGUCUAGGUGCAAUGUCCUUUUGCACCUAGUGCUGCAAUGUAUAAUGUUGCAGUUCCAGAGACACUGCAAUGUUUACAUUGCAGCUCUAAGUCUAAGUCUGCCCACAGUGGCUGUCUACCAGACAGUCACUAGAGGGCUGCCUGAAUCGUAACGGAUCUUAGGUCCGGUAAAUUACGCUGCAUGUCCUCACGCUAUGUGUGUGCAGAGCCAGGAACCAUCGGCACUGGGAAAAGCUAAGUAAAUAAAGGGUCUUUAACCCUUUGUUCACCUGAGCAGGGGGAGAGAGACGGAGGCACAAGGGAGCUAUUGUGCCAUCAAUACAGCUUUGUAUUUCUGGCACUAUAGAAUCCCUUUAAUAUCAUGACCAAUGUGUACCAUGACAGCCUCUUUUCACCAGUUUUGCAAUUUGAGUAUUUUUAUUUAAUUUUUAACAUAACACAACUGUCAAAUUUCCCGUCCUGGUUUUAAAGGCCCUCAUUAAAUCUCCGGGCUUAAUGUUUAUAGAAUGAGGCAGAACAGAAGAUGCAAUGCUCCAGUUAUCUAUUAAUACAUUCCAUCUUGUUUUUUUUCCCUUCUUUGCUGGAUUACUGUGUGUAUCAGUAAUGCCAAGAGUUGGAACCAACUUUGGCAAGCUCCUAAUCAUCUGUGAAUAAAAUGUAACCACUCCAUAGUUGACACACCACUAAUUCACCAAGGCUUGCAAGUCGGAUGACUUCCUGGCAUUCUGUUGCCAAAAAAUGUGUUGGGAAUGCAGGUUUUUCUCAUUAGCUUUUACAUUAAUUGGAUAACUUUCACAGUUCUCAAGAUCUUGUGAAAAAUAAUUAAAGGAUUACUCCAACCAUCAUAACCAUUCCAGCCAGCUGUAGUGGUUAUGAUGGUAGGAGUAUGCUAAUGUGUCACAAUUACAAGUAUUUAUAUAGCGCCAACAUAUUCUGCAGAACUGUACAAUAGAAAACCAAGACACAAUAAAUUCUAACAAAACAUGAUUGACAUGCUGGAACGAGCUUACAACCGUUUGCUCUCUUACCAUGAUCCCCGCUGGGCGCCAGGGAUUCUGAGGAGCAGGGUUAAGACAUUCACCUUCUGUAGAUCUGCAGAAGCCAGAUCGAUCGUAGCAAUCAUUUAUCGGCUGAGAGAGUAAGCUAUUAGCUAUCCACAAAUGAAGGCUCUUCUGUAGAAGUAUGCGCAGAAUUGUCAUAAGCCAGUUCCGAAUUCUUGUUCCAGGCUGGGUACUGACACUUUAAUGGCGCUGCUCGGAUUAAAGGAUUAAACUCAGUAUGUGCAACAUUUCAUAGUAAAAGUCGGGUCAUAAAGACCUCGGGCACCAUAACCACUUCAAAUCACUGACCUUUUUAUGCAUCUUGGGGUAAUGAAAUCCAAGUCAUUGCUUACAUUAAUUCAGUGCUGAUUAUUAUAUCGGAACAAGCAUUAUGUUGUUUUAAGGGAAACUGUGCUUAUGGUUUAGGUCCCUUGUUUAUUUUUGUGUUUUGUUCUAUUUUUUCAUGUUAUUAGGAUUGACUGGCUUGAAAAACAUUGGGAACACUUGUUAUAUGAACGCAGCUUUGCAAGCACUGUCCAAUUGGUAAGCUUGUUGUGAAUUGCAUGCUACUUGUGUAUACCAAAUCCUCUCAAAUCUUUUCAAAUGGAUUUAGAAACAUAGAAAUAUUGAAUGUGACGGCAGAUAAGAACCAUUCGGCCCAUCUAGUCUGCCCAACUUAGAAGAUGUAUCUAAAUUGUACUAAGGAAUACAUACUGAUUAUUGGGAAAAUAACCCUGAUAUAUGGUGAAUGAAUGUGCUAAUCUCUAACCUCUUACCUGAAUAGAUUGUAUUUACAUAUGAGUUUUCCAUGAUUCGGAGUAAAACAUUACUGUCUAUUGACCUCCUAUAUUUGCUCGAAUUACUAUUUCUUUGUUUGUAAGUAAGAGACUUCUCUUCUUGCUUCCAUUCUGCUUUUUACAGUUCAGAUGAUCAAUCAUUAUUAUUGAAAUGACCUGUGUCCUGUUUGGUGGAAGUGUCUAAAGAAACUUGUCUUUUUCCACAGUCCUCCCUUGACGCAUUUCUUUCUAGACUGUGGGGGCUUGGCACGUACAGAUAAGAAACCAGCGCUUUGUAAAAGUUACCAGAAGCUGAUGACGGAGCUUUGGCAUAAAAACAGGUACACACUGUUUUCUUAGAAUGUUCACAAGAUAAAUGUGAAGGAAUACAGAACUUCACUUUUAUCUUUCGUGUUAUUUUUAAUUGGCAUUGUCUGGAAGUUCUCUGUUUAUUUGAUGUGCAUCUUUGUGUAGUCUGUAUGUCCCGCCUUUCUCUCUUGGCUUGAUAUUGUCAUUUAUUUUUGUGUUUUGGUGUUACUCUGCCUUCAAAUUCUGUACAGUAUAAAAUCUAUCAGCUUUUUAUUUCCAAGUGUAUCAGAUGAGGUCAUUUUUCUUCAAUUCAUUCCCAUAUUAGAAUAAAUUAAAAUUAUUUCUCCCUUUUCUAGGCCGGGUUCGGUUAUACCCACCAACCUUUUCCAGGGAAUAAAGUCAGUGAAUCCUACCUUUCGGGGUUACUCUCAACAGGUAUGCAUUUUUGGGCUAAGAUUCUGUUUCUGAUUGGCAGACAAUUACUGUGUUUUUUUUAAAUAUAUCUGAUUCUCAUUGUAAAAUCACACAGGCUGUCUUUAAUGUGGGGCAUACGGGACAGCUGUCCCGGGCCCAGUUACUCCUGGGGUGCCCAAAGCAGCUGCACUAUUGGCCAUCACUGAUCCUAAAAGGAAUAGUUGCAGGCAGCGGACCUGCACACUAAGGAGGCCAAUACACUUAGGGCCAUCCGGUGGGCAUGUGUCAGCAGGGGCCUGGUUGGGCGCUGUGGCCCUUUAACAUCGUUACAGGGCUCCUUUCGCAUCGGCAGCAUGGGAGGAAGUGAAUGCCUGUCACCUCCUCCCACAGAGAUUGGAGCUGUGCAGGAAAGGGGAGGAGACAGUGAGGAUGGGGCCAGGCCAGGAGAGCCUAACUCACAACCAGCCCAGCCAGCUGGUCCCCAUCGAAGCCACCCUCCUGCAAAAGGUAAGAAACUGGAGGGUGGUUAUAAAGGUGUAAAUUUUGCAUAUGUGUGUGUGUCAGUAUGAAUAGCAGUGCUACACACAGUGCACCACUGCUCCAGGAAGCACCUCUAGCAGUCAUCUGAGGAGUGGCCAAGGGAGGUAUCACUAGGCUGUAAUGUAAAUACUGCAUUUUCUCUAAAUAGACAGUGUCUACUGCAAAAAGCCUGAAGAGAAUGGUUUUACUCACCAAAACAAAUGCAAUAAGCUGUAGUUCUUUGAGCCACGAGCAAGCCCUUGGUCCAGCCAAACUCCUUAUUCUAAUUACUCCCCCUGCCCCCUUCCCAGAAGUGAAAAGACAAAAUCUAAUAUAUGUUAUUCACCUAUUUAAUUUUUUUUUUUUUUUAUUGUUUUUUGAUAUUUUCUUUUAAAAAGGCAAACUUAUCCCUAACUGUCAGUUUUCAGAAUGAGAGAAGUUAUGGUGCCACUUUGUGUUGUGUGCUCUGCCUUCAUAGGAUGCCCAAGAAUUCCUACGCUGUUUGAUGGACGUUUUACAUGAAGAAUUAAAGGAGCAAGUUAUUGAGAUGGAGGAGGACAGCCAGAACAAUAUCUUGGAAGACAAUGUUGAGGAGGACAAAAACCAGUCGGAUAAUGAUUUCCAGUCCUGUGAAUCCGGUUCCACCAGUGAUAACGCUGAGAAUGAGAGCAGGAAGCUGUCUGAGGAACUGACAGAAUCCAGCAUGUUAAUCCAGGAGGAGCAGAAAGAUUCCGAGCCCUCUAAGGUCCGGCAUAAAGAUAAACUGUUCUCUAAUAACAACUGCCUGCAGGACUUGGAGAAAAAUAUUGAAAACCUAUCAGAAGAAGGGGACCCUCUCUCCCAUGGCACAGUGAAGGUGCAGAUACAGAGCAGGAUAGCAGGUAAUUGUAGCAACUAAAGUGCAAUUGUGGGAAGGGAACAUGUCAGAUUUGCUAACUAACAUGCUAACUAAGACCACUUUCUGCAAUUCAAUUUGUGUUGUGUGCUGUGUUUAUUAAAAUUACCGUAGAGUUGAUUCUGGGAAAUUAACUUCCAGACUUUGUACUCAUGUUAAUGACCUUGGUAAUCAUGGUAAUGAUAUUUGCCAUCCCUAACUGUAUUUGUUGCACAGGUUUAUCUUUUACUUUAUUUGUGUCGCUGAUCUUUCUCCUGCCUUAAAGGAACACUAUAGGGUCAGGAGCACAAACAUGUAUUCCUGAUCAUAUAGUGUUAAAAUCAUCAUCUAGCCCCUACUUGCCUCCCUAAAUAUAGUAAAAUCUUACCUGUAUUUAAAUCUGCAGCUGCUGCCUCUGCCCUGCCUGCUGUUUUAAUCAGAAGUGAUUCUGUGAGCCAAUCACAAUGCUUUCCCAUAGGACUACCUGAGACUGUCAAGGAGGCAGAUCAGGGGCCAAGCCAGCAGAAGCCAAGGCCAAUCAGCAUCUCCUAAUAGAGAUGAAUUGAAUCAAUGCAUCUCUAUGAGGAAAGUUUAGUAUCCUGAGGGUGGAGACACUGAAUUGCAGUGAUGAACAGUGUGCAGCGCUACCCCAGGAAGCACCUCUAGUAGCCAUCUGAGCUGUGGCCAGUGGAGUUAUACCUAAAAUAGCUAGACUAAAAUGUAAACACUGCAUUUUUUUUCUGAAAAGACGGUGUUUACUGCAAAAAGCCUAAAGGGAAAUUAUUUUACUCAUCAGAACCAAUACAAGCAGCUGUAGUUGUGCUUGUGAUUGUGUCCCUUUUAACAUGUGUUUGUGCUGUUUAUCCUUAUGUCUCCCGUGCUAUAUGUUUGUGUUGCAGACUAUGCUACAGAGGUGAACAUGAGUGAUCUGUCUGGUUCACAAAUACCUUUAUUAAAUGAAAGCAUGAAUGCACAUCUGUCCAGCAGCCCGCCUAAGACCGGAGGUGUGUGGACUGGUCAUAAAAAAGGUAUUUUAAAUUCUUACUAAAAUGUAACAAUUAGUAUAAGGAAAAUAAAUUUGAAAUAGUUGCAGUUAUCAGAUUUAUUAAAAUCGUACAUAACCUGUAAUGUCAUCUUUUAGGUAAAUCCUGGGUUUGAAAUAGUUUAAAUAAGGAUAUGUCCUUUUGGUGAAAGUUUGUUUAGUAUUUGUCUUUAUUAUUAUUACUUACCGUAGUUACAUUUUCGUUUCGUUCUCUUUAGUUGUCCCGGCAUGUCCUCCAAAAAAGAGAAGGCAGAAGAAAUAUCGCAGUGUCAUAUCAGACAUUUUUGAUGGCACGAUCAUGAGUUCUGUGCAGUGCUUGACUUGUGACAGAGUAAGUGCAAAGAAAGAUUGCUUAUUAACCAGCACACGCCUAUGGGUGAAAAAACAGACAUCCAUAUCUGAGCUUUUAAGGGACACCAUAGUCACCAGAACAGCUACAGCUUAAUGUAGUUGUUUUGGUGAGUAUAAUCAUUAUAUGCAGGCAUUUUGAUGCAAGCACUGCCUUUUCAGAAAAAUUUCUAUUGCCCCUCGGGACAUCUCCAAGAAGCUACUACUCAGAUGGCCACUGGAGGUGCUUCCUGGUUCGGUGCUGCACAGUAGGAAGCACUGCCGUUCAGCGUCUCCAUGCUGAAUUUUCCUCAUAGAGAUGCAGUGAUUCAAUGCAUCUCUAUGAGGAGGUGCUGAUUGGCCAAAACGGCAUUUGGCCCCACCCCCUUGCCGAUUUUAUCCAAUCCAAUGUUUUCCUCUUGGGAAACGAUUGAAUUGGCUAAAAAUCGGCAAUUCUGAUGUCACCAAGGGGACGGCGCUUGCGCAAGCGGACCUUCACGGCGCUGGAAAUAAGGUGGGUUUUAAUUCCUUUUAGAGGGGCUAAGGGUGAGCAACCAACUAAAUUGUGGGUUUUGCUCAAUAGUGUCAGGAAUACACUCUAUAGUGUUCAUUUAAUGUAGAUCGGUCAACUGUAUUUAUUUUAAAUUUGAAACAAAAAACAUACAACGUAUAUUUUCCAUAAUUUUUACGUCCCUAAAACUAUUUUUGAGUUAAUUAGUACAUAACUUGAAGAUGGAGGUGGCCCUUUUGCACUGUCACAUUUUUCAUUCAACUGUCCGCAGCCCUGUUUUCCAAGAAGAGAAUACACAGCAUUUUCUAUUGAAGAUGGCAGUUUCAUACACAUUUGAUCAUUGGUAUCUUCAAACAUAUGCAUCGAGAUUUCAGUGCAUAUUGCAGAAGGUGACGUGGGUAACAUCAAGUGUCAAUGAUGCUGUGUUUGGUGUAACUCUGUAUAACUGUAUAUGGCCACACAUACACACAUUUUUACAUUCUUGUGACAUUUUUAGGAAGCUACAUUCCCAAAAAUGCCCUUGUGGUUUUAUCAAAUAUCCAAAAGCAGUGUAUUUGAUUUUUACAUAUCUAUUUUGUUACAGCUACUUCAUGUGACGAAAAUGACAUUUAUAAUUCUGUGAUAAUAUUUCUGAAGUGUGUGAAAUAGUGCAAGAUAUAGGGAUACUCUUUAAUCUGUACUACAUGUUAUUUUCUCAAUAUUUACUUUUGGGAUGAAUAAGCAAAGAAAAACUGAGUAAUACACAAUUUAAGUUAUUUUAUUCACCCUUAUAAUCAGUCUUUAAAUAAAAUUUUGUUUUUCUUUUUUUUAUUUAUUACUUUCAUGUUAUUUGGUUCAAUUACAUGUAAUGCUCAGGGAUUAAGUGCAUUCAUUUGGGUGGGGGGACUGCUGUUUGUUUAUAAAAAGAGGCUAUCCAUGUUAUAAAAGAGCAUGUGGUGGGUCAGUACUUUACCUUUGAACAGGGGAUUUUGUAGUAUUUACUAAUGUAUGUAUAUGUUUCUUGUCUCCAUUUGUUGCACUGCUAGGUUGUAUGUGUAGUUUCUCAGUCAGUGGAGGGGAGAUUUUGUUUCUAUUGAUUUCUAACUGAUGUGUCUUUCAGCAGCCUCCUCAUCUGCAGUGCUGACACCAAUGAUUGCCUAGGAAAUUGCUUCCCCCUCCUUGCUGAAUUUAAAUUUGUGAAAGGCCUUUUAUUACAACCUGUGAAUUGUUUUAAAUGUAUAUUUUAAUGGGAGACUAACACAGGAUUCUGCAACUAAAGAAAGUGUUUCCAGAAAAUAAAAAAAUAAAACAAACCAUAAUAUAAAGCCGGUUUUAUAUCUAAUAUAUACUGCCAUGCUUCGUGCCCUCUGAAGGUUUUUCUAUAACUUUCUUCUAAGUGUUUUUUUUUUUUUUUUUUACUUGGUCAGAUUUCAGUAACACUGGAGACAUUUCAGGACCUCUCAUUACCCAUACCAGGGAAGGAAGACCUUGCUAAGCUGCACUCCUCCAGCCAUCAGACUUCCAUGAUCAAGGCUGGUUCAUGCGGAGACGCGUAUGCACCCCAAGGAUGGAUAGCCUUUUUCCUGGAGUAUUUUAAAAGGUAUCCCGUUUGUCUUGAUUAUCGUCACGCUGCAGAAAGUCUUGCUUAAUAACAGGAUAUAACCUGCUAUGUAUAUUUAUGUCACUAUUUAUUUUUUUCUCCAGCUGGUUUUGGGGACCCACUGUGACGCUGCAGGACUGCCUAGCUGCCUUUUUUGCCAGGGAUGAACUUAAGGGUAAGUUCUCUUUAGAGCAAAGCAAAGUUAUUACAUUUGUAUCACAUUUUAAUUUUAGUAAAAAUGUUAAUGUUGUUGUUGCAAGUGGCCAUGUUUGUUCUGUUGCCAAUAUUCUCCUGGUGAAGAUUGAUAAUAUGCUUCUUUUUUGGACUCGUAUCGUAACUGUAAACCCCAUUUAUAUGGUAAAGGUUGGUCACACUAAUGUCAUGGCUGACAGAAUUUCUAGUAACGACGAUUCAUUGGGAAAAUGACUUGCAUAAUUACCUUAAAACAGUUAAUUCUCCUUUCCAAAAAUGAUUAGGGGAAUUCGAUUUUAUUUACUUAUUAAAAUCCUUUAACAGUCUGUACUAGACCUUUUUAAUUGUGACAAUAAGGCUUUAUUCAUUUCAAGGGCAUGAAGUCUACUAGUGCAUAAAUAUCAAAUGUAUUUAUUUUUAUUUAGACAUAUAGUCUUGUUCUAGAUUAGAAAUAUUUGCAUUUUUUUAGGGAUUUUUUUGUUUGGUGUGCCUGUGAUUAGACUCCAUUAUCCUUUGAAUUGCAAUUAGAUUACAAUAUGUGAUGCAAAUUGUGUUUCUCCAUAGGUGAUAACAUGUACAGCUGCGAAAAGUGCAAAAAGUAAGUUUUCUUUAAAAAACAAAAAAACAAAUUUGAAAACCAUUUCUGUAAAUUAGUUUUUUAGUAGCUGAUAAUCAAAUCGACCUUUCAUAUUUUCCAGGUUACGGAACGGGGUAAAGUUCUGCAAGGUCCAGAAAUUUCCAGAGGUAUGAUGGUCUGGGUUUUUAUUUCCAUAAAAUAAGCGAUAUUGUGUUUAACUAUAAACAACAAAACUCACUAGUGGACAACAGUCUCAGGGAGAUAAACAAAUAAAAACCCUUUGAACUAUAACUGGGUAAAACAAUAAAAUGUGUUAACAUAUAGCUUUUUUUCACAGAGGCAAUGCUUAUGUCAUGUACAAAUAUUGUAAACAUAAACACGCAAAGUGCCAAUCAUUACAGUAACAGGACACCAAUUCCUACUAAAUCUGUGUAUUAACAGGUCACUGUAAGCACCAUCACAACUUUGCAUUAUUUUCAUGAUGCAGAGAAUCCCCCGCACAUCUCUUGGCUGAAGUGGUGGAGAAGAUUUAUAAAAAUCAAAGUUUCCAACUUUGUUAUUGUUACAAAAUGUAUGUUAUCCAAAUCUGAGUCCAAAUUAAAUAAAAAAAAUAAAAAUAAACAUCCCAAACACUGUAACCACUUGACCAACAGCAUAAAAGAAUGGGUUUCAAGGUUAAACUUGAUGGACUUUGGUUCUUUUUCAACCUAGACUACAGUGUGCUGUAGUGGUUAUGGUUCCGUAAGUGCUCUGGUGUCCCCCCACCCUACUUUAGUAGACCCAAGUGAUAAUUCAAACCAUUAUCAAACUGUUACAUAGGGGGUGACAAAGCACUGCGGGUAUCAUAACCACCACAUAGCACGGCACUGGUUAUGAUGCUUCCAAUGUUCCUCAAAACAGUCAAGCAAAUAUCACUGCAGCUGUGUCCAAGACCCUUAGAUGCAGAAUUCUCGGUUAAAGGUGAGUGAUAACAAGUUUGCCAACUUUUGCUGAGCUCUCCUUCUGUUUCUCUGCUGAUUGACUGCUGUCAGUUGACAGAGCAAUUCCACUUAUCCUCUGUGAUAAGGGGAACUGGUUUUAGUAGAUAAACCGAUAAACUACUGAUCACAGGGUGGCCUGUUGGACAGGGUUAUAUGCAAUAACAAUAGACUCCAUUCACCAGAAUGAAACACUCCUGAUUGGAAUAUUCUGGUGUCGGUGGUGUCUGUCUGUGGGUAGACUCACUAAACUGUGUGUCUGUACAACUAUCUGUGGCAAGUCAGUCUCGCUCUCACUCUCUCUCUCUCUCUAUAUAUAUAUUCCUUAUUCUCCAUUCUAAAUGCAUGUUGUAUUUGAUUGAUUAUAUUGUUUUCUGCAGAUAUUGUGCAUCCAUCUGAAGCGCUUUAGACAUGAACUCAUGUUCUCCACCAAAAUUGGCACCCACGUGUCCUUCCCAUUGGAGGGUUUGGAUCUCCAGCCAUUCCUUGCUAAAGACAGCCCUAGUCAAAUUGUAACCUAUGACCUUUUAUCUGUGAUCUGUCACCAUGGCACUGCCAGCAGUAAGUAACAUUCAGUCCGAUUUUCCCAGUACUUACAUUUCAUGGUUUCAGAGCGUAUUGGUAUUUACAUGAGUUAGAUUACAAAGCAAUGUUGCCCAUUGUAACGUGGGUUUAUUUUUACAUCCUCUUGGUAUAAUUACUUACCUGGCAGGCAGAGCUAAUCCAAUUUACCUUGCUAUCAGAAACCGUAACUAUGUGUCAGGUUAUCAUAGCCUCAGGUACUUUGCUAGCAUAGUUCAUUGUCUGAUACCAAUUUUUUAGAACGAGACUAGCACAGUAUAAACUAAAAUUUUGACUCCUAGAAAUUAUAUUAUUCUUAUACUCCUGAUGUCUGCAUCAUAAUUAUGAUUUAAAGGGGUUGCUCCAAGCACCAUAAGCACUACAGCCUGUCUUAGUAGUUAUGAUGCCAGGAGGUUCCCUGGCACAGUUCCCUGGUAAUGGGGCAAAUUGUUUAAGUAGAUGUUUGUCACUUACCUGGGUCCCCAGCUGGGCUCCGAGGCACCCUGCUGUUGUGAUGAUGCGGUUCCAGUUUACAUUCAUUGGCUUAGAGCAUCCGCUGACCACUCUCAGCCAGUGAAUGGCUCAAUAUGAAAAAAAAAAAAAAAAAAUUGCACAGAAUUUACAUUACCUGAUAUGAAGUUACACGAAACGCUGCACAUAGAGAUUUCAGGUACUGAGUCUGAACAAAGUGGGUUUUUUUCCAUAAAUGUCCUAUUUAUUAUCGAUAUAACAUCUUGUUGCAGGUGGACACUACAUUGCUUACUGUCGCAACAAUCUAAACAACCUUUGGUAUGAAUUUGAUGACCAGAGUGUUACAGAGGUGACAGAGUCAAUUGUCCAGAACGCAGAAGCUUAUGUCCUUUUCUAUAGGUAAGCUGAAUGUAAACACAUGCUGAUAUCUAUACACAGGACAAGAAAGAAUUUAUAUUUAAUAAGAAGUUAAAUUCUAGAUGAACAAAUUAUGAAAUAUUUCUCAUCAUGUAUGCAUAAUGCAGGAGGAAAAAAAUAAUAUAACAACCUUAGUUGAUAUAUAUGGUCCAGGAGCUGAUCCACCUAAAAUGGCUUUACAAAUAAACUCCAAUGUUGUCUGAAAGGAGCUAGAAGAAAUGAAAUAAAUGCAGUAAUAUUAUAUGGUGUAUACACCUUUAAAUCUGCUAUAGGCAGAGUAAAUGGAGUGAGCACCAGAUACUAUACUUUACAUAUACCAUUCCAGAGUAUUUGAGAAACAGUAUAUGAGACUGUUCUCUCUGGUGAUGAAAGAUGAAUUAGAUCACAUAAAAUAUUACGUGCAAUAUUACUAUGUAUGGUGUCUGUACCUUUAAGUCUAUUAUGGAAUAGACAGAAUAGGGCAUUCACCCAAAAAUGCUGUACUUUUAAAAAAGAUAUAAACCUUAAAAUGGGAGUACAGUAUUGAAAACUGCUCCUAUAAUGCAAUAAUUUGUAAAGCCAUUUUAGGUGGAUCAGCUCCUGGACCAUAUAUAUCAACAAAGGUUGUUAUAUUAUUUUUUUCCUAUUACAAAAACCUCUUAAGACAGGUGUUUGGUGAAUUCCUGUAUUUAUCCAGUUUUGAGCAAUUCACCUAAGUCUGAUUCCCUCAUACCUGUGUGUUGCAUUAGGCAUACCAGUUUAUUUUAUGCAUAAUGCAGUGUUUAGUUUGAAUGUAUGUUACAAUAAAAAAUAUCAGUUAUAAAUAUUCACAAGAUGAAAGAUCUUUCACUUAAGCAACCUCGGUUAAACCAUGUUAAGCAGAUUCCUUUUCCCAACACAUUAUUAAAACUUCAAACUGUCCAGCAGAAAAGCAGCACUUGUUAUUUUCUGGCGUAACGAAAAGGAUGUUCCUAGCCGGUAUUUUUCAUUCCUCCAUCAGAAAAGCCAACGAAGAUGCACAGAAAGAAAGGCGACGAGUCUCGAGCCUUCUAAAUACGAUGGAGCCCAGUCUUCUCCAGUUCUAUAUUUCUCGUCAGUGGCUUAACAAGUUUAAGACGUUUGCGGAGCCUGGACUCAUAACGAAUAAUGACUUUCUGUGUCCGCAUGGGGGUAAGUGUAACUGGAAUUCCUAAUGUGUACAAUGUGCAUUGUAUUAAACAAUAUGGCAUUACAGUCUUUUAAAUACCAUGCAAACUGCAAGGUAACUUGUACACAGCACAUUAUAUUUUUAAGGGUUUUCGGUUUGUAUAUUUAUGCCAUCAGUGUACCAACAUAGCAACCUCUGUGCUGGUGAAUGGACUGCAACGUGCAUCUGCCCGCUCCCACAAUGCACUGUGUUCUUGGACGGUUCCUGUAGCUUUGUUGGUGAACAACUAGCUCAUUCUCUGAACAUGAAUAAAACGUCCAUUGCUAAUUCUUAAUCCCUGGGUUGUAUCCCAAGACUGCUUCCCUGUGCUUUAUUCAUUGGGCUUCCUUUGGCUAGAACAGGGAUAGCAUAUUAAUCUGAUCACAUCUAAUAAAUGUCUCACUGCACUAAGUUUACUCUUAAAGAAUGGGUCGCCGAGUUUAAUACCUUCUAUAUAAGUUUGGUUCCUGUGAAGUUAGGAAUAACCAAUUAAAAUAUUAGGUUAAGAAAGUCUUAACAUUCGGCAUACAAUCCAAAUGAUCCGAUGAGUAUUGUCUAAUGUCAGCGACUGCUACUGUGCUGCAGGAUGUCCUCCGCCCGUUCCUUGUGGCUAUGAAAUGAGGAUGAUUAUUUAUUUAUUUUUUUUAUUGUCACAUUUCUGAAGAUGGUAUUUCUGUAUUUUAAUUAAUGUGUGGGUGAUGUUAAUUGCAGAUCAAUUAACAAUGGUGUGAGAUUUCUACAAAAAUUCAGUCUGUGGCCUCCUAAUUUAAUUCUAAACAUGGCUGCAUCUUCUCCCUAUGGAAUAAAAGGGUGCGGUUCUGCAAGUUGCUGAUAAAUAAUUUAAAGGCCCAUCUGUUAUGCAGCGUUAUCAUGUUCUCUUUAUGUAGUACUUGUCUUGCAAGGAUUAUGUGCCGUACUAAUUUUUCAAUAAGGGUAUGUUUGUAUUAAGUACUGUACAUUUAUAUUUAAGAAUGGUCUUUUUGCCCUCGGGUUACUUUAAAAUAUAUGCAGUCUGUUAGAAAAUCUAUAUCAUUGUACAGUAAAUCUAUAAACCAAUGCUUUUUAUUACUCCAUAAGUUAAAUCUUUCUGGAGACAGUUUUAUUGCAAUCAUUUUUUUUUUCUCCUAAAUACCUUUUAGUUUUUUUCUGAAAUUCACAGGUUAUUUGUUCAUGUUGGAUAAAAUACAUUUUUCUACACUUACCUGAUUUAUUACAGAAUGUUGUUUUUUUUUUUUAAACAAUCUUUUUAAUUAUAUAAAAUUGUUUUGUAAAUUAACCAUAAAAUUACUUUUAUUUUACCUAUUUUCUUUUCAUUCCAAUAGACCUUUCUGUAAACGAGAGUAAUAAAUUCUGGUUUUAUUUUGUAAACUAAAUCUUUCUGUAAUCCAAAGGUUUAUUUUUCCAUUAAAUCAUUGUGAAAGCCAUAUAUGUUUUAUUCUGUACCGUAAAUGAUUCUAAACAAUUUUUUUAUUAUUAUUAUAAAGUAAACUGUUGUUAGCCUAAGACCUUUAACAUUACAUAAAACAAAUUUUUCUGUAAACUACAGGUGUUCCACCUCGUAAAGCAAGUCUUAUAGAAGAACUUGUUGUGAUGCUUCCUCAGAACAUAUGGGAUUAUUUGUACAGCAGGUACGCCCUUAAUUCAUUCAGUAUUGCAGUGCAGCUGGAAGCUCAGAUUUCACUUCUAUAGGACUUACCGUACACAAAGGAGGUUAAACGCAUUGCUUAUUGUUCACUUUAUAUGGGAGGGGCUGAUUCUUAUUUAAAGUCUGUUUGCAAUAGUUUGAUGUAUAGUGUGAGGUCCCUGGUGUUUAUAGGAUUUAACCCAUAAAUUGACACAUCUAGAAUCUGAAAAUUACAGUGUGGGGUUAUUCUCUAAAAUAAAAACAAUUGACUACUUUAAAUAAUUUGAGCAGACAGAACAAACUUCUUGUUUAUAAAGAGUGUGUGCGUGUACACACAUACAUAUAAAUACUUUUCUCUUAUGUUUUUGUCCGUACUCAUUUUUGGCGUGCUCCUUUGUUUGUGUAGGACUGGAUAAGCAGUUAUUUCAUAUGGUUGUGAAGAUGGUGUGCUUCCCUUGGAUGGCCCCCAAGCAUGGCUUAAAGAGACAGAAUGAAAGAAAUUAGGGCUAUGAAGGCAGCGAGUAUCUCUCAUUAAGCAGAUCAGAGGCCAAAUGGGGCAAAUCCUCUUACCCAACCUUUUUCCACUAAGAUACUGCAAUGAUUUUGAUAUCUUUUCAGCAAGAGUCUUUAUGGAUACCAUCUCCCCUUCACCUUCUAUCUACCUUCAGUCCUUUCAUUUAGACAAACUUUUUGUUCUGUUGUGUGACACUAUUAAAGGCAGAACAGUUUUCAAAAAGUUAGAGGAUUAAAGGGCUGAUUUAUUUGUUUUGCUACUUCCUGUGAAAUUCCAGAUUCUGCUUCACCAGAAGUGACAUGGCCCCAUUUCCUAAACGUUACUCCCUUACCUCUUAACCUCCUUUGGGUCUAACGUGCUACAGGUGGUGGUUUGAACAUUUGAGAAAUACUUAACUUCCCAUAUAUGUUUCCUUACUACCUCCCAUAUAUGGAUAUUACCCCAAACACUCAGGGAAAAGAAAUGUGUAAUAAAUAAUAUUCUGUUUUCUCUUGAGUAUUUAAGGCAGUAAUUUUUCUAGGUUAUUAAAUAUAUUUUCUAGUAUUUGGUGACUUAGGUCCUAUAGGACGAGGGGCUUGUUAUCUUAUCUAGGGGGCUUAUUGGCUGGGCAGAUCCUCAUAAACUAUGGAAGAACUGCCUGUCUAAUCCUAGGGUGAGGAAGGAGCAGCCCAAUUGUGUAUAAUGUCUCAAACGCUUAGGAAAAGGGGAUUUACAGUAUGUGUUUUUUUUUGUUUUUUCCUGCGUAACCGUUUAUUUAUUGUGAAAUGUUUGUUUCCUAGUUUACAAGAUGAUCAGCAGAAUUUCACUCUCUCUCGUGAAAUAUUUGAAUUUCUGAUGAUUAUUUUAUGUACACUAGAUAUGGAGGUGGCCCAGCUGUCAAUCAUCUCUAUGUGUGUCACACAUGUCAGACGGAACAGGAGAAGGCCGAAAAGAGACGGAAAAUGGAACUGGAAACUUUCAUUCGGGUACCAAAAAAAAAAAAAAAAGCAUUUGGGCAAAUGUCAUUGAUCACAUCCCCUGCCAGCAUUCAAUCUAAAAGUGCUCAGGUUGUUGUCACGGUGUUUAUUUUAAUAAUAAACAAAAAUAGAUACUCCAGCAUUUAGAUGAUGUGCCUUACCUCAAACACUAAAGUGCAAGUGCAGCUCUAUGUUGAUAUAAAAAUUGCCUUAAAAGCUUACCCCUAAAUAUAGGAACAGGGAAACCAAUACUCAUAUAUAUGAAAAAGAAGAGAAAACAAAUAUACAAUAGUGCAAUACAGUUCUGCUUCAUAUGAAAAACAAAUUACCUGGAAAUUAUAUAUGCUCACAAUUUAACAAGCCUUUUGUAUGGUAUGGCUCUGAACGUAAGGAAUCCUGUGCCUUUGUAGACAGGUUGCCAAGUAUGGGGCUCCAAGUAAAGGUGAGAGUAUGAACAAACAUAAAUUUUACUAUAUGGUUUAUAAGCAAUAUUGCACUAGAUUGGUUUACUUUUCUCUCAUAAAGAAAACUAGCUCAAAAUAGAUUCACCGAUUACUCCUGAUUGUUAAAAUGCCCAAUAUGUCUAGGAUUUUAAUAAUUUUUUUAAAAGUUAUAAAAUAAAAAAGCAAGGAGUGAAUUGCAGUUUUAAGCUAAAACUAUGCAAGAUUUGGCAUGCUGAGGUUACAACUUAAAUUGCUAUCACAGAAUCCAAACAUGCUACACAAAAGUUUAUAUUUGUAGUAAAUACAUCCCCAUGGCUAUGUAAUUAAGAUCAUUUUGACACUUUUUAUUUAACCAUUUAUCACCCAUCCUCUAAUCCCACAGCAUGAUCAUGCUACCGUGGCAUUUAAAGAGCUAUGAGCAGUGCUUACUCUGCACAUAGCCCUUCUUUCAGUCUAGGGCAACCAACUGAGGAAGAGGACACCCAGGUAUCAAAAGAUCCCUUUUUUUAAGCUCUGCAGACUGGGGGCAGUGGAUGAAAUUCCAGGGCUGAUAAAGAUUGCUCUACAGCAGUAUUUUAAGGGCUAUGAGCAGCAUUUACUGUGAGCACUGCUCAUCUGUCAAUCUGUACCACUAAUUGUGCCCCCACCUGACAGAGGGCACCCCAGGAAUCAAAAGAUAUCUGGAGGGUUUUGGCACCAGCAGGGAUUUAACUUACUGUGGCUCCAGCUGACAAAGGAGACCCACAGGAAUCGAAAGAUAACUGGUAGUUCUUGGUACCAACAGGGAUUUAACCUCUGCUGGUACCUUUACUGCAUGACAGUCUAUGCUGUCACUGGGCAAUAAAGGCCUGCACUGUAUGAUGGUGUAGACUGUCUAUGUGGUUAAAUACUGCUAAUGUAAAGAGAGCAAAUGUAGUUUUUAAGUGCUGGUAUACCUAUAAAUGUCUUUGUGAAUUUAAAUAUUUAAUUUAAAGGGGCCCUUGUUUUCAGCCACAGAUAUGUGGUAGAUAGUAUGUUUGUGUGCUGUACAGUGUAUGAUUACUUAGUGUACUUCUGUUUUUCUGUAGCUAAAUAAAGCAUUCCAAGAAGAAGACUCACCGGCGGUUAUUUACUGCAUUAGCAUGCAGUGGUUCAGGGAAUGGGAAGGUUUUGUCAAAGGAAAAGAUUGCGGUAAGCUUUUUUUUUUUUUUUUUUUUAAAUAGGGAUGCGGGGGUGGAUUGUUGUUUUUUUGGUUAUGGUUUGUACACCGAUUUUAUGCUCACUUUAUUUGCCAUUAUCCUCAUUGCAAGUGGGCAGUGCCCAUUGGCUCAUCCACCAUGCACACAUGAUUGCAAUAUAGUUUCCAAUCUAAAAUGUAGCAACUUUAUGAUCUAAUGCCUUGCAACUUCUGUCUCUUUCAGAUCCACCGGGUGCCAUUGACAAUACUAAAAUAGCAGUCACCAAGUGUGGUCACAUUACAUUGAAGCAAGGUAAGCAUUUUCGAUGACAACAAACUGGCAUUGUGGUUUAAUUAAUAAACUGGGAAUUAUAAAGAAUUGGCCAGGGAAUUGUAUGUUUUUAGGACAAAAUAGCAGAAUUGGAAUAUUUCCCCAAUUGGAUAUUUGGGCUGAAGAUUUGUAAUUUGCUUAUUAAAUUUCCACAGUUCCCAGUUUAUUGAAUAACUAUGGGUAAGCACAAUGGAUUCACUCUCACAUUUAAUAACUGCUAUCCUGCCAUCACAUUGCAGUAUAUAUAUAUAUAUAUAUAUAUAUAUAUAUAUAUAUAUAUAUAUAUAUAUAUAUAUAUAUAUAUAUAUAUAUAUAUAUAUAUAUAUAUAUAUAGUUUGGUUGUUUUAAAUCUGUACACUGACAUAAUAAAUUUGAAAUGAGUCAAUGAGGGUUAUUCACAAAAGUGAGUAUUCAAGUUGAAUUCAAAGUGGAUUUCAAACUUAAGGUCAAAAUAGCCAAAUGCAAAAAAUUAUUUUACGUAAGCUAUGCUUUUGGUUUGGCUAUUAUGUGGAUAUAGGAGACAUCAUGUACAGUGUGAUAUGGCUUUCAGAAAACAAGCAAAUCAACCCUUGAUACAUUAAAAUGUGUGGGGGGAAAAAAUGAAAAAAAGUUUAAAGGGAUUAUCUUCAGUCUAAUUUCUAAUACAAAUGUGUCAAUACAAGAAGAAAAUGAAACAUUAGGAAAAAAGUACAUAAUACAACAUAGCGUAAAUCCUUCCAGAUUAUUUAUUUUGAGUAAAGUUUGUUGGAAAUGUAAAUGUAAAUAUGAUUUUAAAAAAUUAACGGCACACAUCCAGAUUUGAAUCUGCUCACACAUUAUUGAGCAUUCUGUACUUGCUAUGCACAAUACUUUUGCAAUUUAAUUUCUUAUUUUUUGAUGUCAUGGAAAGUAAAAUAUAUGUAAAAAGCAAUCUGUAACUUCAGAAGUAGAUCAUGGACAAAAAAAGCUAAAAUCAUGCAGAGUAUCUUUGCACAUAUGUACAUGUCAUAACUCACAACUGAAUAGCAAUUUUGUAAGGGAUUCUGCUGAAAUAACUUUUAGUAAAUCCCCAUAUUCCUGAGGCUCUUAGUGACCUUUAUUAAGGCACCCAAUGUUUGAUAGGCUAUGGUAAAUAUAUACAAAAUGAACAUACAGUAAAAUUGUGUAACUAUUAGAGAACAUAUCGUGACUGUAUCAGUGCCCGUGUGCAGGAGGAUUAUCGAUCGCUGAACUAGGGUAAUAACAUUGCUAUCCAUCGUUUGUAUGCUAGUUUGAGCAGGGCCUCCUUCAUCUCCUUCCCAUUUUUGUAAUUGUAAAGCUCUGCUGAAUAUGUUGGUGCUAAUAAUGCUAAUAAUAAUAUUGAUAAAUGUAUUAAAGCAAGUUCCACUGGUGUUUUACUUAAAACAUUCCAACAGCAAGCUAUUAGAAGCAGAAAACCUUGUUCGUGAGAAAUGAGAAAGAUUUGACUGUUGUGCUGUGAGGUUAAUGCACCGACUUAACUCCUUAAUUUGUGCUCUGGUUCUUUUUAUAGGGGCAGAUUCCGGGCAGAUUUCAGAGGAAACCUGGAAUUUCUUGCAGUCCAUCUAUGGCGGAGGCCCAGAGAUCACCAUCCGUCAAAGUGUAGCUCAGGCAGAACCAGAAGGAGCUCAGUCAGAAGAGAAGAUUGAUGUGGAGACACGGAAUGUCUAAAUUUUCGCACUAAUAUUAUGGAGAUGAAGUCCCUAUUUUUUUGUACUGACUGUUUCCCUACAUUAGGUUCUGAGGUUGUAAAAGACCUUAGGGGGAGGAGGGGGUUGUUUGGCUGUGAUUGUUCAUGACCUAUUUAUGUUUCGUAAGCAAGCAGGGAAUAUGCUGAGAGUUUUAUUUCAGAUCACCUGUCUAUACAUAUUGAAUGAUUUAAUUUUUAAAAGCAUUCUAAAAAUCUGUAAGUGUAUAUAAUGUGAAUGGAUUAGCCUGUCGGUGGCUGUAGGAUGUGAUGUUCAGAGUAUGGCUCUGCAUGUGAUUCAUUCCAACCCUUCAACUGUGCCGUGGGAUAAUUGGUUGGAAACCUGUGCUGCAAAUUAAUUCAUAACCAUUCCUGAACCUGCCUCGUUUCUCUCCUCAGCUGCAAGGGGCAGCGCCUGUACCCUGCGGGCUGCAAACUGCUUGUAUUUUGGGAAGGCAAGCAUGUUCCAGAUUUUAAACUUUUCUACAUUUUGUAGAAAUGUACGGUGUGUCAGAAGGAAAUGAGCUUUUUAAAAAAAUUCAGCUAAUAGAUAUGAGAGAAUUUGGUAACGGACAUUUCCAUAAUUCUCUAUACCCUUUUACAUAGUAUUUUUGUAAAACUGAAUAUAUUUGGCCAGUAGUGGGGAAAUUGUGAGCUAUUUAACGUGACUCAGGUAAUGCUAACAGGUUUUUGGUCAGGGUUCGCACUCUGUGCAUGAUCUGUGGAGUACAGUGUAUAAUUCCCAAAUUUUUUUGAAUUUUUUUUAUACUUUUGUUUUGUGUGUACCAAAUGUUUAAACAUGAAAGAUGUGCAAACUGUUUGUCUAAAAUCUAACAGUUAAAACGUCUGGGGGAGCUCAAGGGUUGCGAAACAAACUUUUUUAGCACAUUCCUUCCGGCGCAGAAUAAGCCUAAUGUUUUUAUAGCUAUAGCGAAAAGGGAUACUCCACACAUUCUCUACAAACGCACAAUAGACAAAUGCUAGUAUGGCACUCUCUCCUUGCCAGUCUUGUCAGGAAGGCCGUUAUUUUAUUUUUUUAAUGUUAUUUAAAUAUUUGCUUAUUUGGGCAAAAAGGAUUUAUUACAUGAAAAUGCUCUCUCUGUCUUUAACAUAAACCAAGACGUACAAAUAAUGGCUCAGAGAAUAUGAAGUAAGCACAAGCAAAGGUUGGGGGAAAAGCUCUGGGAUAUAAGAAAGUAAAUACAAUGUAGAACUUUGGCAAAGCUAAGAAGACCUCGUUUUGUAAACAAACUUUAUUUCCCCUUUUCUAGUAGUUAAAUUUAAAAUGUAAUAGCACAUUCUCUCUGGCAGAUGAAUGUAUUGCAUGAUUUUUGGAAUAAGUAGCAUUAUGAAAAAGCCAUCAGGAGCGACUGAAUAACUAAGCUGAAGCUUUAUAAAUUCAGUGUACAACGUCCCACUUUAUAGCAUUGUAUUGCCCCACAAACCAGACAAGAAGCUGCACCAUGUGCGUGUCUUCCUUAAUACUGUACCUUUAAUUUGUGAGAAAUUAACCCAUUUUUUUUUGUCAAUUAAGGCAUUAAGCUGGAAUACAAUAGAAAAUUUGAUUAUAUAUUCAUUAGAAGCAGGUUUGUAAUAAUUUGUACAUUGUGUGAUUUCAAACUUGAUACAUUUUAAAACAAAGAAACAAAACACACACAAAAAAAAACAAAAAUAACUAAUUUCAAGGCUGAUUUUGCAGUUUGAUCUGGGAAAUAUGUUUAGGGAGGAAAGGAGAUCGUAGCUUUUGUGUAUAUAUUUUAGAUCAUUUCUCAGUCCAUUCAUCCUUUUAGGCUUAUUAUAAUUCUCUCUACUCUGUAUAAUUUGAUAGGGAAUUUCUUUACAUUUCCAAGAGAUUAAAAGAACUUUAAACAGACUAAUUUUAUUAACUAUGCAUAUUGCUAAACAAUAAAUCAUAUUAACCCUUAGAAAACUGAAGUGGGGGUAAGAAGUGCAUAGCUUUGAAGGCUAUGCUCCCUGUAUAAUUUAGUCCGCAGCUCUGCUGUGUUGAGGAUCAUGGGAGUUAUGAUCCAGGUUACUGCGAGUCUUUGAAUCCUGAAAGUGGGGUGGGUGGGAAUGCGGCUCUAAAAGAUGUGAUGUCCUAUAGCUUGCCCUUUAACCUGUGACAAAUGAUUACCUGUGUACAAAUGCAAGUAAGUGAAUGAAUAGAUAUGGUUGUCAGCAUGUUGUGAAUGUUUGUUUUAAUUAUUUAAAUGCUCAUUGUAAAUCUUCAAUAAAGCAGAUAAAAGAAAAGCAUGUACAGAUUUCAUUUUAGUGGUUGCAGCCGAACUCCAUUUGCCAACUUACGCAAGCUUAAAUUCAGCUUUUUGAGCCAGGGCCCUUCUUAACAUUUGUUCCUGUUUGGCUAAAUUUUCGAUUUACUUGUGUUAUUGUUUACAUGUUGCACAACAGUAUCAUUUUUAUACAAAGCAUAUUCUAUGCCCC